AUGGCCUCUAGAACGCCGACAUGCUUUGCGCGGCAGCUGCAUCAAGCCGCCCGGCCCCGGAAUCUUCUCUCACGACAAGCUUCGCCCAAGAUUCAGAGUCGUGCUUUUACAAGGCCAACAGCUGCCAGACACAGCCCCGAAGCAAUCAAGGCCAAGACGCCUUCUCCCCACCAAAUUUCCCCGCGAGCUGCCGCUUUGCUGGCUAGCAUAAGCCUGUUGUCAUUUGGCUAUGCCCUUUAUCGGACACCGCCAGCUGCUUUUGAUGCCGCUGCGGCUCUGCACUCUGAAGAUGAAGGAUACAGCCAAACGGUCCUUCGCGAUGACCGCGAUCCGAAUCUGCCCCGGUUUCGCGUGUCCGAGAUCCGCAAGCACGACGCCAAGUCAGCGCAUCCCUGGGUCACCCACGGCGACAAGGUCUACGACAUCACCGAGUGGAUUUCGGCUCACCCCGGUGGCCAGGUCAUUCUACGAGCCGCCGGUGGCUCAAUCGAGCCCUACUGGAACAUCUUCACCAUCCACAAGAACCAAUACGUCUACGACAUCCUCAAUCAGUACCUCAUUGGCUACAUUCACCAGUCUGAUUUGGUUGACGGCAAGCCCGCCCAGGAGACAAUCGAAGACCCCUUUGCCGACGACCCGAUGAGACACCCUGAUCUCAUUACACGGACGCUCAAGCCUCGCAACGCCGAAACCCCUGAACAGGCUCUCAGCGCCCAAUUCAUUACUCCCAAUGAGCUGUUCUACGUUCGCAAUCACAUGUGGGUGCCCAAGCUCACCGCGGAUGAGGCCGAGGCGCACGUCCUGACCGUAGAGUUGCCCGACGGCACUACCAAAGAGUACACCUUGCGCGAUCUCAAGACCAAGUUUGCCGAGAAGAAAAUCACGGCUGUGCUGCAGUGCUCUGGAAACCGUCGAAGCCACAUGAGCCGAGGGUCUGACCGCGCAACCAACGGAUUGCAGUGGGAGGCUGGUGCAAUUUCCAAUGCCACGUGGGAGGGUGUUUUGCUAGCUGACAUCCUCGCUGAUGCCGGCUUUGACGCUGCCACUGUGAGAGACGGCACCAGCGAGGCGCAGCAUGUGCAGUUUUCCGGCAUGGAGGCAUACGGCUCGUCCAUUCCCAUCAAAAAGGCCGUGGAUCCUCAGGGCGACGUCUUAUUGGCAUAUGGUAUGAAUGGCAAACCUUUACCGCGGGAUCACGGCUACCCAUUACGAUCAAUCGUGCCCGGACACGUCGCCGCCCGGUCAGUCAAGUGGCUCAGUCAUGUCACUCUCAGCGAUGAAGAGAGCCCUAGCCAAUGGCAGCGCAAGGACUACAAGUGUUUCGGCCCCAAUCAGACAAAGGUCGACUGGGAAAAAGCUCCCGCUAUCCAGGAGAUGCCCGUCCAGAGUGCCAUCACCGGUGUCAAGCUGGGCGAGUGGACGGCGCAGAACCAAUCGGCGCCAAGCAGCUCAGAUGGACCUGCGAAAGAAGUUGCCCUCAACGGGUAUGCCUAUUCUGGGGGCGGACGAUCAGUCAUCCGCGUCGAUGUCUCGCUUGACGAUGGAAAGACCUGGUCGCAAGCCAAUCUGUUGCCAGACCAAGAGCCAAAAUAUGACGGCAAGUCUUGGAGCUGGAAGCGAUGGACGUUUAACGGCGCGGUGCCCUUGGAAGCAUUUAAAACUCCUGAAGACGGGAAUGCCGGCCACGAAACCGAUGAGGACAAGAACACCAUUAGAAGAGCAACAGACGAGGUUUACAACACGCAGCCCGAGAGUCAUGCUGCGACGUGGAAUUUCCGGGGGAACCUCGCCACUGCCUGGCAUCGCGUGCAAGUCUGCACCGACUGCUCUCCCAACGCCAUUGUUUUGAAGAACAAGAAGAAUUCUGAUGAGAAGAAAUCAUCAUCGCAUGAGAAGUCAUGA